AUGCACUCGUCCAGGACCUCGCUCCUACAUGUAAUAAUACCAACAUCCUCUCCUCCAGCGACCCUUAAUCUCAUCUCUGUGUUGAUUUCUUUUUUUCCGCCGGAGUGUGUGUGUGCACAUGUGUGUGUGUGUCCGUGUGCGAGUGAGUGUGUGUGUGGAUUCUGUUCAUCUUUAACCUGCCAUCACUGUAGCCCCCCGCGUUGCGUUGGCGCUGCGGAUCUAGUCCACGAGAACAAGAGGCAGCUCACAGUCGCGGAGACAAGCGAAUCAAUUUAGGGGGGACGAGGAGAAAAGGAGAGACAGACAGCGAGGCUGGAGGAAGGAGAAGGAGAGAGAGGGAGAGAAAAAAAAGCAGGACGAUCGCGGAGGAGAAGGAGGACGAGAGGAGAGGAGAGGAGAGAAGCCAUCGAGCAUCGCGCCGCGAACAUUGAGUGAGACGCACUAGCCUCCGCAGAGACAACACAUUCAGGAGCAGCCCGACCCCCACCUCCAGAAUUCGAUUCAUCUGCAAAAGAUUGUCAUGGGAAUCGAAAAAAACAAAUCAGGGUUCCCUGAAAUGACAUCUUGAAAGUUGUUUGUCAAAGAUUUGUCAAAGAAGCAUGAGCAGAGUAAAAUAAGAAUCUGUGAAUAAUAGAUAUUCUUUGAUUUAACAUCCCACCUUGUUCUGUGACAGUUUAAAGGAGGAAAUAACAGAACAAGAGGAUAGAAUAUGGACAAUAAGAUAAGCACUUAAAAUCCCUCGUUUAGAGGUGACUGAACAUUAUUGCAGUAGGGGUGGGUCAUGACUCAGUUGCCAUGCGUGUUGUCACGGUGACCAGCCCCUGUGCCCCUUCCCCCCUCCUCUGGUUGGUCCAGCUUUUGUUGUGGUUCCACAACCAUGGACCUCAACUUGCAGAGGCGGCGCCCCCCUGCCCCUCCCCGUGCACCUGCUCCAAUCAGGCGAGCCGUGUCAUCUGUACGAGGAAGAGUUUAGAUCAAGUCCCGGAGAGUAUUUCAGAGAACACAAGAUACCUCAAUCUACAAGAAAACACCAUUCAGGUGAUCAAGUCUGACACUUUUAAGCACCUGCGGCAUUUGGAAAUCCUCCAGCUCUCCAAGAACCACAUCCGACAGAUCGAGGUGGGAGCUUUCAAUGGCCUCCCCAACCUCAACACGCUGGAGCUUUUUGACAACCGGCUCACAGUUGUACCGUCACAAGCCUUUGAGUACCUCAGCAAGCUAAGGGAAUUAUGGCUACGAAACAACCCCAUCGAGACGCUGCCGGCAUUUGCCUUUCAUCGUGUUCCCUCUUUGCGCCGUCUCGAUCUCGGGGAACUAAGGAAGCUGGAUUUCAUUUCAGAGGCUGCCUUUGAAGGUUUAGUAAAUUUGCGCUUCUUGAAUCUUGGCAUGUGCGGCUUGAAGGACAUCCCCAACCUAACCCCACUAUUACGACUAGAGGAAUUGGAGCUGUCUGGGAACCAGCUGGGUAUAGUUCGGCCUGGAUCCUUCCAAGGCCUAGCAUCCCUUCGUAAGCUGUGGCUAAUGCACUCCAGAGUGUCAGUGAUCGAACGCAAUGCUUUUGAUGACCUCAAAAAUCUGGAGGAGCUCAACCUCUCCCACAAUUCCCUGCAUUCCCUGCCCCAUGACCUCUUCACCCCUUUGCACCAGCUGGAAAGGGUACAUCUCAACCACAACCCUUGGGUGUGCAACUGCGAUGUUCUUUGGCUCAGCUGGUGGCUGAAAGAAACAGUUCCCAGCAACACCACAUGCUGUGCUCGCUGCCAUGCGCCUCCAGGUCUAAAGGGCAAAUACAUUGGGGAACUAGACCAGAGCCACUUCACCUGCUAUGCCCCAGUGAUCGUUGAGCCACCCACUGACCUCAAUGUCACAGAGGGCAUGGCUGCCGAGCUGAAAUGUCGUACUGGAACAUCGAUGACCUCUGUGAACUGGUUCACUCCGAAUGGCACCCUGAUGACCCAUGGAUCGUACCGAGUUAGGAUCUCAGUGCUUCAUGACGGAACACUGAACUUCACCAACGUGACCGUGCAAGACACCGGGCAGUACACAUGCAUGGUAACCAACUCCGCUGGAAACACCACUGCAACCGCUGUGCUCAAUGUGUCUGUGUCAGAUCCCAGGGACAGCUACAGUUAUUUCACCACUGUCACUGUGGAAACAGUAGAGACAGUAAGAGGAGAGGAGGAAAAUUCGGCGAGACAGUAUAUUAAUGAGACCUUCAUAGAAUUCUCAAAUCCUACAGUUCAAAGAGGGAGACCUGGCGUCACUAUAACUCCCUCCCCUUCCUCUAUUUCCUCACUGUCCCCACGAGCUAACAGAGGUAUGGAAAACUCACCGACAAUGUCGAUAAUGGAUGUAACUAACAUUCCAGGCCUGGAUGAUGUAAUGAAAACAACUAAAAUCAUCAUUGGUUGCUUCGUGGCCAUCACUUUUAUGGCAGCCGUAAUGUUAGUGGUCUUCUAUAAACUCCGGAAGCAACACCAGCUACAUAAGCACCACGGCCCCGCUAGAGCCAUCGAAAUUGUCAACGUGGAAGAUGAGAUUGGAGCUGGGGCAGGAAGUGGAAUCUCAGGUGGCUCAACGAUGAAUUCCGGCAUGGGUGGAGAAGGAACCCUGAGGAGACAUCAUCCAGAAAUAGUCAACCUUCCCAACAUUGGCCGUUCAGAUACUCUCAACCAUUAUUACAAGACCCAUCAUUUCAACAACAACGUGAUGGGUCUUAGUAUUGGCGGUGAAGGGAUCGGACCAGGAGGGAUCAUGAGUAGCAAGAACAUGCAGGGCCACGAUAUCCCCAUCUCCUGUACCUCAGUCCCAAUCUCUUCAUCUAAUAUGCUCUCCUCAUCAGGCAAUGGCACCAAUCCCAAUUCUAUGUCCCCACCUCUGCCGAUGUCUCUCCCCAUGCCUACUAUGGGCUUACAUGGAUCAAUCAAGGGUUUCAUGGGCCAAAACCAGAAUCCUCAAAUGGAGCCUCUUCUCUUCAAAGGCAACUCGAAGGAAAAUGUCCAAGAGACUCAGAUCUAAAAAAAAAAACAAGAGCAAGGAGUAUAGAGAGAGAGUGAGCAAGAGUCGAAGACAGUGAGGGGAUGGAUGUCGGGUUUAUGCACGGAAUGAUUAGACACUAAGAGUGCAUCGACGUUACACCAGGAAAGAGGAUAAACUGACACGGCAAUACACAAACACAUAGACUUAUUCGUGACAGUGUACAUGCCAAGGAUUUCCACAAUGGGCCUCUUGUGUUUGUAGUAACGAUCAUGGCCAUGGAGAUGAAGGAAUGGACAUUCUACAAUGUAAAUCUGUGCCAAAGCAAAUGUUUUUUGCAGUUUCUACAAGCUGUGUUCUCGUAGGGAAAAACUAGCCUUUCUGAGUAAUCAGUCCCGUAUUCGUUGUUGGCCAGCAGAGAUGAAAGACAUGCACAGCACUUACCACACUGGAGACCGGAGAUAUUACAGACAAGAAAAAAGUUUGAAGAGACAUUUUUCUUCCACACAAAACGCAAGCCACACUCUCUCUCAAGUGACUCAAUAGACUCCCUCAAGGUGAAAAUUAUGUAGGCAUAAAUAGAUGGACAAAAAGGUACAGUGCAGUACAAACUACUGUGAAAAAUCCACAAAUUAUAUAAAUAUAUUUUCAUUUAAAUAUGUAUCAUUGCAGACUCCGAUGCAGAGAUAUUUUGGGGUGGAUGUAUAAGCUGGUAUAGUUUGUUUCUUUGUGAAUAUUCAGGGGUGGCGAUAGUGACGGUUGGUUAUGAUACAUGUUUUAAGUUUGGCUACUUCUCAGAAACAUAAGGGCUCAAUUGCAACACUCAUUGUGAAUCUUUGAAUUGGCUUUGUGACAUAAAGUCCAUUUAGGUUGUAGAACAGUAAAUGCAGAUCUCUGUUGACAAACUUUUGUCUGUUGCUUCAGUAAUAAUCAUUACAAACUUUUGUGUUCUAAGAGUGUAUUAUGUAUUUUGUAAAAGCCAGCUAUUUGGUAUUUGAAUUUGACGAUUCUGAUACUUAAACGCCAGCAUCAAAUAAUGGUAAAAUUAUGUUCAACAAAACAUGGAAAGGUAACUCGAUGCAAAGAUCUGUAUGGGUAAAAUAAAAUGUGUUGACAAUGUGUUAUUUAAAUCAGAUCAGUAGCCAGAUAUUUGCUUUUAGACAGGAAUUUGAUAUGACCUCCUUGCUCAUGGUUACCAUAAUCAUGCCAUAAAAUGCUGUCAUAGGGAUGAUCAGACAUCUAUCUAGAGCAGCAUUGAAGAAGAAGGGAUUAAAACAUCCAUCUUUGGAUGAUUGGAAUGAAUGGAAAUGUACAGUAUAUUAAUAAUAAUAAUGUCUGGUUGUAUGACAAUUGUAAGAUCCACAUUUUUACAGUGUAACUUUCAUAUGUUAAAUGCCAUUUACGCUUCUUGCGUUUAAACUAUGUAUUUCUUUAUUUUUGUUAGUUUGAUAUACUGUGUACAGUUGUCUAGCCAUGUAUCAUUACGUGUGAAAUAAAUCAAUCAUAUAUUGGGUUGUGGCGGGUCAAUGUGGCGACCACAUGAGUAAAGAGUGAGACGUUAUGCAGCCCUCUGUACUAAACCUGGAUUGAAUGUAUGGUUUGUGGUUUAGCCAUUAGUCAGCCUGGUUAAUGAUAGGUGCCACCUGCUCUACUAACAUGUCCAGACAGGCUUUUAGUCACUCUCCUGUAGUUGCUCUACAGACGCUACUGGUUUUGCUAAAUUAGUGUUUUUUGAACGAACUAGAUGAUGUUAUUCCUACUGAAGGUGCUUUUGUCUGAAGUUAGCCCUCGAUGUGCUUCUCCAUGGCGAUUCUUUAACACAUGCUUUUGAAAUGUGAGGUAAAAAACAAAGAAAUCCAUUGAAUAAAUCACCUUUCUCUGGGAUGACAGACUGUAUUUAUCAAGCAGAAGCCCGAAAUGUUUGUUGCAAUUGAGCACAAACUGGACAACACCAGUUAUUUUUAGAUACAUGUACCUGAGACAGUAUCAGCAAAAUCCCAUCGACACUCGUUUUGACUGUAAUGCAGCUGUGUACGUGAUUCUGCAGUGUUUUUGUUCCUUUGGUUCUUCUUUAAUUUGCACCCCCCCUCCCUCAGAGGUGUAUUGUCUCUCUCUCUCUCUCUCUCUCUCUCUCUCUCUCUAUAUAUAUAUAUAUAUAUAUAUAUAUAUGAGCUGUUUUGCGUGAUUGAUUUUUGCUUAUCAAGUUUACACUUAUGGGGAGAAAAGAAAACACAGAAGAAUGAUAAUAAUGAUGUUAAUGGUGUGAGUGAUGAUAUCAGAGAAAUCCCACACAGAUUGUGUUGUCGCAGAGGUUAAUCCAUGAAAGGAACAUCUUCUGUAUCAACGCACGACACAAUGAUCCAGAUUAAUGAUAAUCUACUUAGACAUCUUUUGAAAUACGCCUGUUACAAUGUAAAUUGAUAACUCAGGUUGUCCGGACCUCAGCUGAGUAAAAUGUUAAUUGCGCUGCGACCCAACCAGCAGAUCUGGUGGGCAGGGUCCCACUGUAGCCCCGCUGAGACACAAAUAGAAUAUAAAUGAAGGCUAAAGACACAACAUAUGGCCGCUCCCUUGAUGUGCUACAUUUGGAGGCUCUGUCGUCAGAUUUCAAAGAGCAUAUUCGAUACCUCCUUGUGAGCGGCGUGCGAGGGGUCCUGCAUCUCAGCCGCGGCACAAAAAUCUCCUUUAACGCUGCUGAUGCUGCUGCUGCUGCUGCAAUGUAUAAUCGAGAUGGUGACUCACCUAAUCAGCACAGAAAUGUUCCUUUCAUACCUCUGGACAUACAUAACAUGCACCGUGCACAGUUCUCAUCAUUAUUAUUAUUGUUGUUAACAUUCGGGGGAAAUGCGGGGGUGCUCGGUUGCAUCUUAGUAUCGGGGCUCAGUAUGAGGCUCAAUCAUAUAAAACGUGUGACACCUUUUUAAUGAAGAUCGCAAGCUUGAGACUGGAAUCAGAAAAUCUGCGGACAAGGCAAAUGUCUCUGACUGUUUGUAAUGGAGGUGAAUCGAUGCAGCCUGGCCACCGAUGGAGUUCUGCCAUACACGUGUAUCCUCUGCACCAACCUUCGCUUACAAUGGACGCUUCAGCCCAGAUGACAUUUCUUGGUUUUGUUGGGAAGCAAAACCCCCUUAAUGAAAUGGAUUAAAAUGCAAGGCGUGAAAAUGGACUGACCUUUUGGUCCUUUAAAGGUAAGCUGUUCUGUUUGAUAAAAAAAAAAAUAUAUAUAUAUAUAUAAAGAAAACCUGGGUUGUUUUGAAAGAUUUUUAAAAAGAAAAGAAAUGUUAAGAGCUAGACAAUGUAGAUUAUAUAAAAAGGGGGGAAAAUGUAAUUUUGUGUUGUUAUUCUUUUAUUUUAUUAUAUUUUAAAGUUGUUGGUUGUAUCUCGGUUUGUGAUAUUAUCAAUUUGGGGUCUUUAUGUAUUGCCAUUAAAUAUCAUUUUUUUCCACGUAUCCAUCCACAUACACAUUGUGGCAGCAUGUGUAUUUCUUCAAUUAUAGCAAAAAUCAACAUGUGCUACUCUCGUACUUCAAUGACUGUCAUACAAUGACUGAGAGGUCUAUUAUUUCACUGUUUGCUUCUUCUGUGAUUCAAUUGUCCACCCGCUGUAAGGAGUUACUCCGCUAUUAGAAACAGACACCUCCUCCAUUCUUUGUUGUGAUUCCAUCCUACGGAGCGGUGCAACUAACUAAAUGACAAAUGAGUUAACAAGUUCACGAUGAUGAAGUUAUUGCGUGAAAUUUUAUAAAAGAAAAUGAAAAAAAAAGUCUGAUCAAUAACUGUGUUGACACUGUAUUUUGUUGCUUCAUUCUCCUUUACACACUUGAGCCAGAAAGGAGGGUACCUGGUGUGCAUCUGCAAAAAUGUGCAAAAUCAUGUUGAAAUAGCUGCUAGCUCAACUGGAUUUUAAAAAGGUGGCAGCAGCUAAUAAACUGUCAAA